AUGGCCCCGAAGAAAUUCUCUCAGGCUGCCAUCGCUAGACUCUCCCAGGCAAAUCUUUGCCUCGCGCUGGAUGAAUGGGGCGUAGAGUGGGGUUCUGGAAUUGCGCAGCAGGAGCAAAUCCAAGAAGAGAUUGAAGAAGAGCUUGACCAAAAGCCGCCUUUGCCACCUCCGACUGAACCACCGGAGCCUGAGCAGCUUGAAGUCAUGGCUCGCGCAGUCACCAACUUAGAAGAGCUGCUUUGCGAAACUGGAAUCAUGAGCAAGCAGAAGGUGCCACUGGAAAGUGAAGCCGCGCGGCUAUGCUGCACAGACGAAAAAGGAUUAUCGGCGCGUUCGGACGUUCUUUUUCGCGGGGUCCUCGCAAGAAGUCAACAAGCAACCGCAGUUGGCCAGACGCCAAGCAUUUCCUUCGACCACAUUACACUGUGCAGUUGGUUGCCUGCUGAUGGCUCCCGCCUUCCAGUAGGUGUUGUGACUUCAAACUCCAAGAUCAACAAGGACUUUGAAACAUGCUUCCCAGAUGCGGUAUUUCAAGCUCAAAAAAGCGGGUCCAUUACCAGCGAGAGCUUCACACACUUUUUCAUCGAGUGCUUUUGCAAGCCAAUGAGGAAAAGGAUUGAGGCGUCCAAACCCUUAGUCCUCGUCUGCGACACCGGCGGGGGGACAUGGCCACACCUUUCAACCUCUUUUGUCAAAGCGGCGUUGCACUACAAUGUCUUCCCUUUCUAUUUACCAGCAUACAGUACUAAAGGGCUGUGCCCUUUGGACCAGAGCUGUCACGCUGAAAUGAGCCGGAUGUGGAAGUCAUUUAAGCAAUCCUGCGCAGCCAAGAACCAAUCCAUCAGUUUGUUCAUGGGCCUGAAGGCUGCAUCGUCUUUGUGUGAUCACGCCCUCAGCUCCAAAUAUGCUCUGGCUUCUUGGAAGCACAUUGGCUUGGAGGCAGGCCGUGCGUGGGAUCGUGACAAACUGUUUGUGCAGCGCAAGGACGAGUUGUUUGUGAGCAGAAGAGAUCAGGCACAUGCUACUCCUUCCAAGAGAAGAGCGUCCAAAGCAAUAGAGAUGUUGGACACAGUGAGCCCCAAGCGCAGCAAGUGUGAGUGUGGAGCUUGGGUUGCUUCAAUCCACCGACUUUGUCAUAGCUGUGGCAAAACGAAUGUCAACUUCAGCGAAGAUGAUGCCAAAGUUCAUCAGACGGGACAUCGCAAAGGCUGGCAGAAAUCGGUAGCUGAGACGGAGGUCGCUGAGUUGAGCCAGAAGGACCAGAAGCUGCUUUCGCAAGUUGACAAUCUGAUGAAGGAGCUGCGGCGGCGCUCGGAUGAAAGCAAAGAUGAUGCUGAUGUGGGGCCGGGGGUGGAUCCAGCACCUGACGCUGAAGAGUUUUGUUCUGAUACAGAAUGGGACCUCAAUACAGACAGUGACUCAGGGACUCAGGGUGGGAGUGGGGCAGCAGCAGUGGGGCAGGCGGCAGGUAAUGUCAGAGAUUCCAGCAUCGUUCUCCGAAUGGCAGUGGUUCAAGCAAACAGUGACGGCUUUUGCCAAGGCAUUUGGCUCUUAUCACCGGUUGAGAGAGCUGCGCUAGAGUUUCUCAAGCUAGAUGAUUUAUUGCAGGGCGAGAACUCUUCGAAAGCUGACUCUGAGCAUUCCCUGAGCAAGGCUGAGGACUGCGAAAGGUUAUGCCGUCAAGCGGCAAAGUUGCUGAUUGUCAAGCACGACAAAACAAGCAACAAAGCAGCGCUUGGACUCAUUACUUUCCGCUUUCUCAAUCCUGCCGGCCCAUUCAGGGAGCACUUUGCACUGUGGUCAAGAGGAGGUCCAAUGCACAAUGUGAUGUUCGAUGAGCUUUUUGCUUACAGCACUGUCCUUUUGAGCAUGCAGCGGCUGGAAGGAAGACACUCCAUUUUAAAGAGACAACUCGACUGUCGCAAUUUUCAGCUACCGGGAAGCCUCAGUGCAGCUAUGCGCAGGAAACAAAACCAAGACUUGGUCAACCCGGAGUUUGUUCGAGAUUUGCCUGAGUUUCUGGCAGCUAUUGGAGAGUUGCAUGAUGGAAGCUGGGGAUGCAAAACAGAAUUGAUGGAUGCCUUUUUGCAAUCUUCGGCGAAUGCAAACCAUGAUCCGAUGGAAUUUGAGAAGGCAGACAAGGCUCGCUUUGCUGAAUCCUUGGCGCAAGUGUGUGCAGCUGGGGCUUCUGGAGGUGGAGGCGGAGACGGAGAAGGGUUGAACGAGGAAUUGCCAAUGCAAAGAGAGCAUGUCAAGGCCGCCUUCAAGCGUGGUAGCGUGUAUGCUCUCAAGGGUUGUAUGCGACAAGGAGAAUGGAGCGUGUUCAGGGUGCUGCACACAUCCCCAAGCUCCAACAUGUACCUGCAGCGGGCGUGUCACAUGAGCUUUGAUGCUUGGAAAAAUUGUGUUGCCAUUGAGCUGUUCAGCGGCCCAGCCAUACCACUGACCGAUGGAGCCCAAGAUAGCCCGCCAGAUGCUUUUGAAGUCCAGAGGCAAUCAGUUACAGCGCUCAACAUAGCCGACCUGUUCUGCAAGACGUGUGAUUUGCACAACCUUUACGAAUAUACAGUGCCAUGGCCAUGGCCAAAGAAGUCUUUAUCAUCAAACACUAUCUCUUGUUACUCUUGUUACUUGUUUUUUCUUACGUCGCGUCGUGACCCCAGCCCCCAGCCUACAAACAUUGGUCGGAGGUCAAGUCGUGUGAGGAUCAGCUUGAAGUAA